AUGGUAAAGAUGAAAAUAUUUGCUAAUCGAAUGAAAGACUGUGUGAAUCCCAAAGAUACUUUGAUAGAGGAAGUGCAGAAAAGGAGUAAGUAUUGGGUUGAUCUCUUAUCAGAAGAAGGUGAAGUGGCUGGAGCUGAAGAAAGAUUGUUGGAAGAUCUUGAGUGGUGUAUAAAACAAAAAGGAAAGGAUACAGAAGAAGAACUUGAAGUUUUGCUUGGUGGAAUUGUGGAUGGCUUGGGGUUAGUUGAAGAACCUUUGAUGGGUUUAGAUGGUUUAGUCAGUAUUUUUAGGUGGGGGAAUGGUCGGUCGGUUUUGGCUGCUAAAGGAGUUGUGUUUUUGAUUUCAGAAUAUGCUGGGGAGAUGGCUGAUUUUUUUGAGACUUUUUAUCAACUCUUAUCUCCUGAGUUGUUUGUUAAGUAUGAAGAUGAGAUGGUCUUUUUGAGUUUAUUGGUUUUGCGUUCGGAAGGCUUAUCUUUGCAAAUGAUUAGAUCGAUAGUGAAACGUUUAGCUGAUAUAUCUAUUCGUGUGCCGGUUUUAUGUGCUGGACGAGUGCUUUACGUGAUUUCAGCUACGUUAAACCAGCAUAAACGGGCGGUAGUUCCAUUUAAGGACCGAGUUAAGGAGGGCAACCAAAUUGGACUGACUCAGUUCCAGCCUUAUCUCUAUGAACUAGAUGCAUUGAAAGAUCAUCCUGUCUUAGGUGAACUGGCCUGCCAAAUUAAAGGACAUGUUUUGAUCGAUCAAAAUACCAAUGCGUACAUUAUGAACCGAUUGCUAGCUAUCUUAGAGGAAUAA